AUGGAGAGACGAACGAGAAGAGUCAAGUUCACUGAGCAUCGUACGGUCACUAACGUGAAAGCUAAACCAUUUAACGAUUCUCCGAGAGUGGUCCGAAUCACAGUCACUGAUCCUUUCGCUACUGACUCAUCAAGCGACGACGAUGACGUCACGGUGGCUCAAACUCCGAUUCCGAGGGUGAAACGAUACGUGGAGGAGAUUAGAUUCGGUGUUGCUCAAUCUAUGGCGAGGAAAGGUAGGUCCAAAUCGGAGAAAAGCGUCGAUGAUGACGUGUCAACGGUGAAGCCUAAGAAAUACAGAGGCGUGAGGCAGAGACCGUGGGGAAAAUUCGCGGCGGAGAUUAGAGAUCCGGUGAGUCGGACUCGGGUUUGGUUAGGGACUUUUGCUACGGCGGAGGAAGCUGCUAUGGCUUACGAUCGAGCAGCGAUUCAUCUCAGAGGACAUAACGCACAGACCAAUUUUCUAACUCCUCCUCCGUCUUCACCGGAGAAGAAAGUUCCGGUGAUUGAUCUUGAAACUGUUUCCGGUUGUGAUUCCGGUAAAUAUUCACGGCAGAGUCUUCGUUCUCCGACCUCUGUUCUUAGAUUCAACGUCAACGAAGAAACAGAGUAUAGAACAGAGCUGGAGAUCGAACCGAUCGAGCUGUCUCCGGAGAGGAAGUUAACCGGUGUAGAAGAAUCUCAGGCGAGUUUGUUCCCGGAUCCGUAUUUGUUGCCGGAUUUAUGUCCCGGAGGAGAAUAUUUCUGGGAUUCAGAAAUUGUUCCUGAUCCUCUGUUUCUUGAUGAAAUCGGAAUCCAUGAACCGUUACCAAACAUAAUGAUUCCGAAACAAGAACAUGAAUCUGAAGAUAUCUCGUUUGGUUUGAUCGAAGAUUUCGAUUCUUCUUCAUGGGAUGUGGACAGUUUCUUCGAGUUGGAUUAA